CUCUCUGACCCACCUCUAUCGACACUUGUGUAUGUGUGUGUGCGUGCGACCAGGAAUAUCUGCGUUUUUUUCUCCCUCCCAGCCCCGCUCCCUCACCUAGUGACGCCACACUCCCGUUAUUUCAGGGCGCUGUGGGCGAUAUCUGUCUGUACCUGACCUGGUAGCUCACCUGAGCGGACUCACCUGUCCCGACGCCGAAAAGACUUUUGUUUAGAGCUCGAAAACAAAUCUGGUAGAGAGGAAAGGUGUGCUGCAGGAGGUGAAAAAGCGGGACGAGGCUUGCGAAACGAGAAGAAAGGUGCGAAGAGGAGGAAGAAGGAGAAGAGGGGACCGACCUUCCAGUUUUUCCUCUCGGUUUCCUGCUUUUUUUUGGGUCACUUUUAACGUGACUUUACGUCGCCACAGCGGCUUUCCCUGCACAUCGCUUUCUCUCAAAGGGACUUUGUGUUGACUGAGCAUGCCGAGGGCCUUUCUGGUUAAAAAGGCGAACGUUUCGCCGGGAAAGCGGAACUGGAGUGAACUCCCUGAUCAUGAACGAGGGGACGUCUACAUCCCAGUCUCCGUCUUUCCUCCGUCCGUCCUGACGAUGGAGGUGGAGGCCAGCCCCGCUGAGACAACUCAGAUGACCACGCCCCUCUGCCUCACCAAACACUCUACCAUUGACACACAAACUCACCCAGAACUGCCCUCCAGCACGGUGCUCGGCAGACCCCAGAGCCCGGCGGGUUUACCAGAGGGGAGAUCAGAGAUCAAGAGGAGGCCGCAGGCCAGCUCCACGUACUUCCGAGCCAAAAUAAAGGUAACUACAGGCGAGUACAUUAAAGUGUAA